CCCGGAAGUGCUUCGCUCAGACUGCCAACAUCACACACUCGGCUAGUUAGCGACCAGUGUGGGUCGAUACUGCGGAAUAGGUGGCAAACUAGAAGAGUUUACCGCGACGAAACAAUGUUGCCUAUUUAGGAAUUACCAUGUCAUCAACCCCGGCCUGAGAUCAGAGAAGUAGACCAUGACAAGCGUUAACAAAUCUGUUAAUUUGUGUUUAUUUGCAGACUGAUUAUCAUGAUUUUAGCCGUUGCUAAGCGUGACGUGAUUCUGUGUGAUUAAAGUUGAGCCACAGCGUUGAGAUAAUCGAUCAGGUCAAUGUACCAAGAGCUCCAAAACCGCCUUCACAGCAGACCAGCAGUGGAUGUACGUUUUUAAUCGUGUGAUUUUUAAGGGUAGAUGCAAACAAAUCAUUAGCUAACCGGCUACUACACCAACUGACACCAAACAUCGAUCGAUCGCACAGGAUUUGUUGUUAAACUCUUGGAUCUUUAGCAGAAAUGGAUGACUUCAGCUCCAUCAGUCUGCUGUCUCUGGCUAUGCUAGUCGGUUGUUAUGUGGCUGGAACUAUUCCCUUGGCUGUCAACUUCUCUGAGGAGAAGCUGAAGUUGGUGACAGUGUUGGGAGCCGGGCUGUUGUGUGGCACUGCACUGGCUGUCAUUAUUCCAGAGGGAGUUCAUGCACUCUAUGAGGAAAUGCUGGAAGGUGGACACCACCAUGGCCAUGGGCAAGUGGAAACAGAAGUUUCUGAUGCGAAGGUUGCAGAAGCAGUCGUGGGACCCAGCGGUGAACACAGCCAUAGUCACGAGCAGCUCCACGCUUAUAUCGGUGUCUCUCUGGUGCUGGGCUUCGUCUUCAUGCUGUUGGUGGACCAGAUCGGCAGUGCUCACAUGCACAACAGUGAUGAUCCAGAAGCAGCAAGGACUGCUAGCUCUAAAGUCACCACUACACUUGGAUUGGUUGUCCAUGCUGCAGCUGAUGGUGUUGCUCUUGGAGCGGCUGCAUCUACGUCUCAGACCAGUGUCCAGCUUAUUGUAUUUGUGGCCAUUAUGUUGCAUAAGGCUCCUGCUGCAUUUGGACUCGUAUCUUUCCUCAUGCAUGCGGGUUUAGAAAGAAACCGUAUCCGGAAACAUCUAUUAGUCUUUGCCUUGGCUGCCCCUGUUUUGGCCAUGCUCACCUACGUAGGACUCAGUCAGAGCAGUAAAGAGGCACUAUCUGACGUCAACGCCACCGGGGUGGCCAUGCUGUUCUCCGCCGGCACCUUUCUGUAUGUGGCCACGGUGCACGUCCUCCCGGAAGUGGGCGGCAUGGGCGGCCACAGCCACUCGCCUGGGGGCAGCGCAGGGAAAGGACUGAGCAAAGUGGAGGUUGGAGCUCUGGUUGUAGGCUGUCUGAUACCUCUAGUGCUGUCCAUCGGCCACCAGCACUAGUGUUCUUCACUGAAAAGUGCAAAUGGGACUUUGAACAGCAUUGGCCAAACAACAACCUCGCAGACGUGGUUUGAAUCAUGCCUCUGUCAGUUUAUUCAAGUCGGCGGUUGGAGUGAACGCAGGAACUUUGCAGUCGCGAACUUGAUUUGAGGAAGCGCCUAUGGACUUCUGGAAUGGGCUGCUCUGCUGCUCCACAAAGCACUGUGGGCUGACGGCUUACGAUGACCAUACACAAAUAUAUGCGAUCAAGUGUCCAACUCUUCAUUUAAUUUUUUUUCUUCAGUGGUGCUUGUUUAAAAGAAUCAGUUGUUGUUGGGUAGUCAUGUAUGCUUUAAAUUUGGCAUUCUUUUGUUUUUUUUAUAUGGAAUAUGUCCAUGAAUCUUUUUAAAGAUGAACCAGCACAAUUGUGCCCAUUUACAAUAAUAAUAAUAAAAAAAUAAUGAUACUUUACAAACAUUGAAUUCAUUGGCCCGGAGUAAUUAUUUUAAGUUUAUUGACCCCCUUUUUAGCACAAAUCUUAAUAAUGAGAUAACAUUAUUCCAUUAAUAUAAUGAAUAUGGAAACAUACACUGGCUUUUUUUUUUUUUUUUUUCUUACAAACUUGGUUACUGCUAAAAUUAUUUUCCACUUUUAAACGAACUUCAUCCUGUUAUGGUUAUUAGACAAAUAUGACAUUUACUUUACACUUGAAAUGUUUGGUGUCCAGAUUUUUAGCAGAUAAACACAUUGUUCUGUUGAGUUCAGUGCAUGUACAGCAUUAUUUUUUGACAAUUAUUCAAACCUGAUUUGGUUGUUUAAUCAUGGAAAAAGGAUCUCAUUGGUCAGUCAGAUGUUUUGUACUGUAAAUAUGUAUUCUCUGUAUAAAUGACAAACAAAAAAAAUACCCUAUUUGACAUCCCGUUUGACACCCUGUUCUCCAGAGUAGUUUUUAGUCUCAUUUUCGCUUAUGUAAUGAGUGGGCAAGAAUGAUAAUUUUUAAAUUAAUGACAUUGAUACUCCAUUUUUGAUCAGUUGGGAAGAUUAUAUGGUGGAUUUCUGGUUUGGCAACCUGAAUGCUUUGAAGGAGUGAUCCAUGAACUGCUGUGUUCAUCACCAAACUAUUUUUUUUUUUUUUUUUUUUUUUUUAAGGUUGCCUCUGAAGCUUGAAUAAAAAAAAGCAUUAAGAGGCAAACUUGGACACCAGCAACAUCCUGUUCCUGGUUUACAAAAUGUUGCAUUCUUGCUCUGAAAAUGAGUUCUAGUCUAUGUAAAAAGCUGUGUUAAUGCUUUUAGCUCAAUAGCGCCCUCAUCUUACUGUAGUGCACAAGCGCAGAAUCAACCUCAAAUUGUGGAAGAUACAUGGACGAAAGAGACUUAAUGCUGAUUUGUAGAUAGGACUCCUCUGAAAGGGAAAAUGCGAAUCCUACAACAUGACCUCCUCCUAUAGAGACUUGGCACAGAUACUUGGAACUGAAUGGUUUUUGGUUAGGUGAAAUGUUGUGCCAUAUUGACUUAUUUUGACUGGUUCUUCUCUUACAGCUAAGAGCUGUUGGGAUAGAGACUGGGUCGGAAGGGUGAUGGUAUUGGUAUAGAGAUUUUACAAUGAAGCAGGACAUGAUGAAUUCAGAGUUUGGGGGCUUUUAUGUUAUCAUUCCACAAGAGGAGUAUGCCUUAUUUUUCUUGCAAUUGUUUAACUUAAAAUGGUUGCAAACAUCUUUGUUCAUGAUUUGAAUAAACUUAUUUUCUUUUUUAAUGGA